UGUAGAAAAAACUUAUAAAAUUAAAUUUUCGUUUGCUUUAUGUUUACGAAGUCCUUUCAUUUGGGAAAUUAUUUUUCCGGGAACAGAUGUGUAAUGUGGUGAUGCGGGGAGAAUGUUCCAUCUGUUUUACGGACUGUACAAGCAGUGCACGCAGAAGGACGAGUAUUUCAUUCUGAUUCUAGGACUGGACAACGCUGGCAAAACAACACUGUUGGAGCAGGCGAAGGCGCAGUUUAAUUCCUCCUACGUCGGACUGAAUCCCAAGAAGAUCACGGCCACCGUCGGACUGAACAUUGGCAGAAUCGAUACGGCAGGAAUACGGCUGAAUUUCUGGGAUCUCGGAGGACAGGAAGAACUGCAAUCGCUAUGGGAUAAAUACUAUUCCGAAUGCCAUGCCAUUAUUUAUGUCGUGGAUUCCGGCGAUCGGAAUCGCCUCAACGAAACCAAAGACGCUUUCGCGACGAUGAUCCAUAAUCAGCAUCUCGACGGUGUUCCCUUGCUUUUGUUGGCCAAUAAGCAAGACAUCGAAGCGUCGAUGCUGGUGGCGGAAGUGAAAUCGCAGCUGUCCAGCGUGGGAACGCCGUACAUCGGCCGGCGCGAAUGCCUGGCGCUCGGCUGUUCGGCAUUAACUGGGGCCGGCGUGAGUGAUGGAAUCUCGUGGGUGGUUGAGCAGAUCAAACUGAAUCCUAUCCGACCGGCGCGGACGCAAAUUUAAAUCGUUUAAUUAUUGUUUUUUCUGGUGAUGUUAAAAUUACCUCAAACGGCGCUUGGAUUUAUGGGCGGUGUUUUCUUGAAAUAUCAAGAGCAUUUUGUUUUUAAUUUCGACGGCUUUUAUUACGUGCGUUGGAAGGAAAACGGCGAAUGCGAUGAAAUAAACUCAAACGACGGAA